AUGGUGCUGAACCGCCCCUCUCAAGGAGGUUCAACACUGUGGAUACAUCCUUCGAAAUGCAGACUGUUGACAUGGAAGCCAUCUUUAACUGUGCCAGAUAACUUCAAGGACCCAUCUGCACUGCACGUUUUGUUGCCGCUUGGGACUAGCUUCUCCACUGAACUCUUUUCCCUCUCCUCUCUCAUAGCCAGCCGUCCUUGUGCCCCCCGUUUUUUCGGCACCAAGGCCAUGGUCUGCGUCUGCAAUGCCACCUACUGUGACACAAUGGACCCCGUCUCCAUCCCCGAUGUUGGCAGCUUUGUCAAAUAUGAGAGCACCAGGGCUGGGGGGCGUUUGGAGCGCAGCGAAGGGGUGAUCCAUCCAAGCACCUCUGGUUCAGGCUUGCAAUAUACGUACAACCCUUUUGUACACUACCAGCGCAUCAAAGGUUUUGGCGGGUCCCUCACUGACGCUGCUGCGAUCAACAUCAAGCGCUUGUCUACGGAAGCCCAGGACCACUUGCUCCGCUCUUACUUCUCUGAAGAAGGGAUUGAGUACAACCUUUUGCGCCUGCCCAUGGCAUGCUCUGACUUCUCCACGCGAGCGUACAGUUACGCAGACCAGUGUGUGAAUGACUACAACUUGAAGUGCUUCAGUCUGGCUUAUGAAGACACUGAACUGAGGAUCCCGCUCCUCCACCGCUUCAUGGCCACUGCGAAGCGGCACCUCUCCCUCAUUGGCAGUCCAUGGAGCGCUCCCGGCUGGCUGAGGACCAAUAACCAAGUGAUGGGCAAAGCGCGCCUGAAGGGAGAGCCAGGCGAUAUCCACCACAAGACCUGGGCCCGCUAUUUUGUCAGGUUCCUGGACGAAUACGCCCGUCACAACAUCACCUUCUGGGCAGUCACAGCUCAGAACGAGCCGUCAUCCUCGGUUUUCAUUCCCAUGAAGAAUUUCCCCAUGACCCAGUUUAGUCCGGAAACGCAACGGGAUUUCAUCAUCAUGGAUCUGGGCCCUACAUUGGCCGCCAGUCGCCAUAAGGACGUCCUGCUCAUCAUUCACGAUGACCAAAGGAUCCACCUGCCUAAUUGGGCCAAUGUGGUCAUCGGGAACAGCAGUGCUGCCAAGUAUGUGGCUGGCAUUGGGAUCCACUGGUACCUAGACAGUGUGACUCCUCCUGGACUCACCUUAGAGGCCACCCACCUCCUCUAUCCCAACUUCUUCCUGCUCUACACCGAAUCCUGUAAUGGCUUCCGGAUCUGGGAGCCCAGAGUUGACCUUGGGAGCUGGGAGCGAGGUGUCCGAUACUCCCAAAACAUCCUGACGAACCUCAACAGCUUUAUUGUGGGUUGGAUUGACUGGAACCUGGUUCUGGAUAUGGAAGGGGGACCCAACUAUGUGAAGAACCACGUGGACAGCCCGAUCAUCGUGAAUCCCCUCCGAGACGAGUUCUACAAGCAGCCCAUGUUCUACCACUUGGCUCACUUCAGCAAAUUCAUCCCUGAAGGCUCCAUCCGGGUUGCCUUGACCAGCAAUUUUGAAAUUACCAGCUGCCAAUUGCAUAGUUCUGGCUUCCUACGUCCGGACAAGGUUGCCGUAGUAGUUGUGCUUAACAAGUGCUCCUGGGAUGUGGAUUUCAGCAUCGCCGAUGACCAACUCGGAUACAUUGAGGACAUUGCUCCAGCCCAAUCCAUCCAAACCUACCUUUGGAAGAGGCGAUGAUACUAAAUGAUGGCUUCCCAUCAAAUCGGGAUCCGGUUAUGCCUAGAAGAAGAAAGACAC